AUUUAUUUUGCAGAUUAUGAAGAGCAAAUCUCAACACAAGCCAUGAUGUUCAAUGACACAACCUCUAACCCUGACCUAAUUAUGGUCGCACUCAGAGGCACAGAGCCAUUCGAUGCGGAUAAAUGGCAGACAGAUGUCGACUUCUCAUGGUUUGACCUUCAUGAUGUGGGUAAGAUACACGGUGGCUUUAUGAAAGCUCUAGGCCUACAAAAGAAAACAGGCGGGCCCAAAGAGAUAGAUAUGGGCCUGGGCCAACCAUCAUUUGCAUACUACACAAUUAGACAAAAGCUCAAAGACAUAUUAAUGGACAAGAAGUAUGAGAAAACAAAGUUUAUAGUGACCGGACAUAGUUUGGGAGGGGCAUUAGCAAUUCUGUUUGUGGCAGUGCUAGUGUUACAUGAGGAGGCAUGGUUGUUGGAGAGGUUGGAUGGGGUGUACACUUUUGGGCAGCCUAGGGUUGGGGAUGAACAAUUUGGAGAGUUCAUGAAGGAGAAAUUGAGGGUUUAUAAUGUGAAAUAUUUGAGGUAUGUUUAUUGCAAUGAUAUGGUGCCUAUAUUACCAUAUGACAACAACAUUUUCUUGUAUAAGCACUUUGGGCCUUGUCUAUACUUCACCAGCUGCUAUAAAGGCAAGGUUAUAGAGGAGGAGCCAAACAAGAACUACUUCUCACUGUUGUGGGCAAUACCCAUGUUCUUGAAUGCAGUGAUGGAGAUUAUUAGGGGUUUCAUUAUCCCAUACGUAAAGGGAACAGUCUAUAAAGAAGGCUGGCUUUUGAGGUUGCUUAGGCUAAUCGGGUUUGCGAUUCCUGGAUUUUCUGCUCAGUUUCCUCAAGAUUAUGUCAAUUCCACUCGAUUGGGAUAUGUCCAAGAACUAGAACCUGAACUGGAUUGUAAAGAUGACUAGUUGCAACAUCCUGAUCUGUCCAUUUGUAUUGCAUCAAAUAUCUAAUAAUUUCAUUCUAAAUUGUUUGUUCCAAUAAUCUACACAC